GGAGGAGUCAGGAGCCGAUGAAAGCGGAGAGGCCGAAGGUGAGGACUCGGAGGAGCACGACAGUGGGGAUAGUGACGGUGAUCGAGUUCGACGAAGUGGACAGACGGGGACUUUUUCCACCCCCACGUGCAUAGAGCUACUUCUCUCAUGCAGGCACCGUCCACCUCUCAUGUCUGACCAACUGCAACGGCUGGAUCAAGCCUCACAACAAACGAUGUUCAGGACAUGUUGCUGGAUCAAAGAAUUCUGUUCGAAAUGUGGCUCUGCACUGUAAAGCUCGAAAUCAUGCAGCACGUGUCCGAUGAAUUUAAAAAAUUGAAGGACUUCAUAUCCACCAUCGUCCCAGCAUCCGGCUCUACAACCACUGCAUGUGCAACUGAUGUGGACCCCGAGCCCAGACUAUCAGACUACGAAGGCUUUGCAGGCCACCACCCGUCGCCUGACGGUAUUGACGAAGACAUGGGGAUUGACAAGCAAGAGGGGGACGGUAUGUGCAUUAAUGAAGAACACAUGGAGCCAUGCCUGGACGAGCAGGAUAUGCCACUGCCCUCUGGAACCGAAAGUCUGCAAGGCAUAGCACACAUUCAGCCGUGCCCGGAGGAUCACCCCGUGCCAGAGCCCUCUACAAUCGAAGAAGUGCAACGUAUUGCAUUAUUUUUCACGAUUUGA